AUGGGGGAUUACGGGUUUGGAGUCUUGGUUAAAAACAACAGUGCCAACAAGCCAGUCUUCCCAGUAAGAAUUCAUCCACACCUGCAACAUCCCACUCAUCAUCAAACAGCCCCUUCAAGUCCUCCUCCAUUUAUCAAUAACAACACAGCUACCAAUGGUGGAGGAGCAGGAUCUGCUUGGCUUUUUCCAUCUGGAACAACCCACUCUAACAUGCAAGAUGAAAUUUUGGAGUCAGAGAAGUCCAAGGCCCAGCAGCAACAGGAUGUUCCAGAUAUACAAGAGAAACAGCCACUCUCUCCAUCAGGCCACCAGGAACCACCAGGGAUCAUAUCAGAACUAGAAGGCACUCUCCCUGAGGACAGCCAGCUGGAGAAGGCAACCAUGGAAAAUGGGAGUGGUAAGGAGAGCCUGCGUCUGGAAUCUCCUGUGCUAUCAGGGUUUGACUACCAAGAGACACCUGGAAUAGGGACUCUGGCACAGUCUGGCAGUUCAUCUUCAUCUUCGCUCACUAGCUUCAACACUUGGUCUCCUGCUAUUCCAGCCAAUCCCUCUACCAUGAUCGAGGAGGUGGGCUUCUUCAGCCAGGCUGCCACAACUAACAAUGGACCGCCACCAAUGCUAUUCCAGAACAUCUCUCAUCAUACUAGUCCAGGUUUUGGAGGAAGCUUUUCUCAUCAGAUUGGGCCUCUCUCACAGCACCAUCCUCCCCCUCACCCUCACUUCCAGCAUCCCCAGCAUCAGCAGCACCGCAGGUCUCCAGCCAGCCCCCACCCACCACCUUUCUCACACCGCAAUGCUCCCUUUAACCAGCUGCCACAUCUGGGGAAUACUUUGAGCAAGCCUCCGUCCCCAUGGGGUAGCUAUCAAAGCCCCUCCUCCACACCUUCCUCCAGCUCCUGGAGUCAAAGUGGAGGUUAUGGAGGCUGGGGUGGCUCUCAGGGACGAGAGUACCGCCGGGGGCUGAAUGGCGGGAUGACGACCCUUAACUCCAUCUCCCCUCUGAAGAAGUCUUUCCUGAACAAUCAGAACCCUUUGCAGAAGUACCCCCGCAGCAAUGCAGCUUUUAACUCUAAACCUUGGAUGGAGGACAACAUCAACCGUAAUGACAGCAUUUUUCCAUUUCAGGAGCGCAGCCGGUCCUUAGAUGGGUUCAGCAUGCAUUCUCUGGAGAACUCUCUGAUUGACAUCAUGAGAGCUGAGCAGGAUUCCUUGAAAGGUCGUUUUGGCUUUCCUCAUCCUCCAGGGGAUGGAGCUUUGUCUGUAAACGCAAGGAAUUAUGGCAGGCGAAGAGGUCAUUCAUCCCUGUUCCCUAUGGAAGAUGAUAGGAGCUUUGGGGAGGAGGAAAGGUCAGAGCAGAGCCUGAGUGGACUUGGUUCCCCUCACUGUUUCCCCCACCAGAAUGGGGAACGUAUUGAGCGUUACUCUCGUAAGGUCUUCGUUGGGGGUCUCCCUCCAGAUAUCGAUGAAGAUGAGAUCACUGCCAGUUUCCGUCGAUUUGGACACUUGUUUGUAGACUGGCCUCACAAAGCAGAGAGCAAGUCUUACUUUCCACCCAAAGGAUAUGCUUUCCUCCUGUUCCAAGACGAGAGCUCUGUUCAGGCCCUGAUUGACGCCUGUAUAGAGGAAGAUGGAAAGCUGUACCUGUGUGUGUCCAGCCCUACAAUUAAAGACAAGCCAGUUCAGAUCCGUCCUUGGAAUCUUAAUGACAGUGACUUUGUGAUGGAUGGCUCCCAACCCCUCGAUCCCAGGAAGACCAUCUUUGUGGGGGGAGUUCCACGACCUCUGCGAGCAGUGGAACUGGCAAUGAUCAUGGACAGACUGUAUGGGGGUGUGUGUUAUGCUGGCAUUGACACGGAUCCAGAGCUGAAGUACCCAAAGGGAGCCGGACGGGUGGCCUUCUCCAACCAGCAGAGCUACAUUGCUGCCAUCAGCGCUCGGUUUGUGCAGCUGCAGCAUGGAGAGAUCGAUAAACGGGUGGAAGUGAAGCCAUAUGUUCUGGAUGACCAGCUAUGUGACGAGUGUCAGGGUACCAGAUGCGGGGGCAAGUUUGCCCCCUUCUUCUGUGCCAACGUCACAUGUCUCCAGUACUAUUGUGAAUAUUGCUGGGCAGCCAUUCAUUCCCGUGCUGGCAGGGAGUUCCACAAGCCUCUAGUCAAGGAGGGAGGAGAUCGCCCCCGCCAUAUCUCCUUCCGUUGGAACUAA